GUCCUUCCAAGCGCUUCCCGGUGGCGGCGGUGGAUGCGAUCCUGAAGGAUGUGGUGGAGAGUUCCCUGCGGGAGCGGCGCUACGAGCCCGAACGGUGCAGGGAGGCGGCGAAGGAUAUCGCUGAGGUGGUUAAAGCAAGGGUGAAGGACCUGGUGCUUCCCAGGUAUAAGCUGGUGGUGGUGACUCACGUUGGGCAGCUGGGUGAGCAGAGCAUGCAGAUUGGCAGCAGGUGCCUGUGGGACCCUGUGAGCGACACCUUUGCCUCAUACGUCUUCAAGAACACUUCACUGUUUGCUGUUGCAAAUGUCUAUGCUGUGUAUUUUGAAUAG